ACCCAAAGUUAAAGCAGAUGUUGAGAGAUACGGGGAGAGAGACCACGUUUCUACAUCAACUAUUCUUUCCUUUGUAAUUUUGUGUAGAAUAUUAAGAAAUAUCGAAACAAUUGCUUGAUUAUUACCAAUUCAGCACCAUGGGGAAAAAGAAGACAGCAGAUCCAGUCGGUCAGAUGGCAGGGAGAGACAACUUUCAGAGGAUGAAUUUUCUCUACCAGAUGGCGCACACAGUGAUGUCCACAAACCCAAACAACGUCCAGCUGGCCAGAUUCUACACCAGUACACUCAAAAAGGUCUCCAAAACCAGUGUACAGAGACAGGACCCCAGUGUUAAGAGGACCAUCUGUAAGAGAUGUGAUUCUCUGCUUAUUCCUGGAGUUACAGCUACUGUCAGAAUAAGAGCAAAGCGUGAGAAACACGUGGUAGUGACGUGCCUGGAGUGCCGUAUGGUGAGACGAUUUCUGGCGAGGAAGGACUACCAGCUCUGGACAGACCUGCCAACGUCACUGGCACCUCAACGGAAAUCAGCAACUAACAAAAAGGAGGACUCAGAAACUAGAGGUUCUACUGCUGACAAAAAGAAACAUCCUCCUGAAAGUACAAGUACAUGUGCUGAAGGAAAAAUAGACUGAUAAAAACAAUUUUGCACUUUGUGAUAUUGAUAGGUCCUAUGUUAAUAUUGAGAAUUGCCAUAUUAAUGUGCUCAUCAGCUUUUAUUUCCAGAAACCUUAAUUGGCAAAUGAUAAAAUAUUGUAACUUAUUGUAACAUAUUUUUUCUCUAAAUUUUGAUACAAUAUCAUACACAUUGUAAAACCAAAAGCCAGAAGUUGACACUGUAAUUUCAGUUAUAGUACAGCUACAGUCUAUGUCCAGCCUUCUUUUGAUAUUACCAAUUAAAUAGAGAAAGUAGUACAGUGAUUGAAUAAACAAUUACAAACAG